AUGGCAUCGAACAACAGCAGCAGUGUCGAUGCAGACGAGAUUUUUCGAGCGCUUGAUCGGCUUCCCAUUCAUACGAACUUGAAUGCGACUCGAGAUGACUUGCAUUCAACACGCACAGCAACAACGCGAGGCGGGACGGUUGAGCUGCAGCAGCCUGCGAUUCCACUCACACCGCAGUUGUCGUCUAUGCGAUCCGUCUCGCCCCAGUCCGUGUCCCCUCGAGCACCAGUGGGCCAUGUGUCGCCAGUGCCCACAAAUGACACGAUCGAUUAUGCGCAUGUCACGCAGGACCCGAGAGAUCGCGUGGUUAAUCAGAAACUGCGCGGAAUUCAUGUUUUUAUGAUCACCAUCAGCGGUGUCCUCGGAGCCGGACUGUAUGUGCGAAGCGGAUCGAUCUUACGAUUCGGAGGCCCUGGCGCCGUCCUCAUAUCUACCACGGUCAUGGGGUUACUCGCUUGGCUGGUGAUGCAGUGCAUUGCCGAGAUGCUGACCCUGUGGCCGAUAUCUGGUGCGCUGGUGGAAUACGUCGGAACAUUUGUCGACGAGGAUCUGGGCAUCGCGGUCGGAAUUGCUUAUUGGUUCACUUAUGCGAUGAGCUUUGCGGCGCUAAUUGUGGCUGGGGCGGGUGUGCUCGACUAUUGGGAUCCGGGGAAAGCCAUUCAGGGGACGGUGAUGUUUUUCCUCGUUCCGUUAUUUAUCAUCUUCUUCAACAGUUUCGGAGUCCAGAUUUAUGGGCUGUCAGAGGUGAUCGGAGGCUUUCUGAAGAUCAUUGGCAUAUGCGUGGUGAUUGCUUGUAUGAUUGCGAUUAACAUUGGGGCCGGGGCCGAAGGCCAUAUCGGUACAAAAUAUUUCAAAUACGACACCAUCUUCCCCCGUGACCCAGCGACGGGUGAUUCUUGGGCAUCUGUCUUGUUUAUUUCAUUCUCGACCGCAGCAUUUGCAUAUGUCGGUGUAGAUAUCACAGCCGCCACUGCCCUUGAAGCCCGCCCGGACAGCAAACGUUCACAGGGAGACAAAAGUUUAUGGCCUGCCAUCUCGGUCCGAUUUAUCGCAACCUGGACAAGCUUCAUCAUCUGGAUCAUCUACUUCCUUGCUGGAAUCCUGCUUAGCUUCAACGUCUACUGGCGCAAUCCUAGUCUCCCCCGCGCAUCGUUCCUCGGAUCCCCGGUCAACCCUACCGAUGCCAACGUGAUAAACAGCAACUCCGGGUUCGUCAUUAGCGCAUCGCUUUCGCAGAUCCACGGACUCGAUGAUAUGGUCGCGGCGAUUAUACUCAUAACGGUAAUUUUUUCGGCCAACACGAAUCUAUACGUCGCCUCCCGAGCGCUUUUUGUCCUCGCCCGCAAAAUCCACGGCAGCGAGUGUGUCUACUAUCACCGUGACAGGAUCAACAGCUCCCCCUACUUUGCCCGACUCCGACGCUUUUCCCCGGGCGCAGAAGAUGUCUACCCCUGGCGCUCCCACGGCCAGCCCUUCACCAUGUACCUCGCGCUCUGCGGCUGCCUGGUCGUCCUCGUCAUCGCUAAUGGCGCUGCACUGUGGCAGGGUUUCUUGGUCCCUGGAUUUCUCUCUGCUUAUCUUGCCCCACUCUGCUUCAUUGUCCUCUGGUUCGGAAUCAAGUUCCUGCGCUGGGGAAGCCUGAAGCUACAUCUUGAGGAUCUGUCGGAUUUUGAGCAGGUUAAGCUGAAGUUCCGGUACCUGGAUGAGAUUGGGCAGAGGGCUGCGGUAAGGGUUCAACCGCAACAGCCGCGCGGAUGGGGAAAUCUAUGGGGCUUGAUGUAA